AUGCUCCACCUGAGCGACUUCUCCGGCCCCGACGCGCACCUCGCCAAGGCCACCGAAGGCUGCGUCCACGCCAGCCCCGAGCUUCCCCGGCUGCCCGCCCGGGACGCUCCCUCGGCCGCCACCUAUCCUGCAGGCGACUUCUUGAGCUGGGCUCUGAGCGGCUGCAGCGCCGGGGGGGACUUAGCCGACUCCUGCUUCCUGGAAGGCCCCGCACCCACGCCCCCUCCGGGCCUCAGCUACAGCGGCAGCUUCUUCAUCCAGGCGGUCCCCGAACACCCGCACGACCCGGAGGCCCUCUUCAACCUCAUGUCGGGCAUCUUGGGCCUGGCACCCUUUCCCAGCCCCGAGGCGGCCGCGUCUCGGUCCCCGCUGGAUGCCCCGUUCCCCGCGGGCCCCGAUGCCUUGUUGCCGGACCUUUACUCCCCGGACCUGAGUUCAGCCGCCUUCCCGGAGGCGUUUUGGGAGGCCGCGCCUUCGGCGGGAGCCCCCUCGCAGUGCCUGUUCGAACCCCAGCUCUCCCCGCCCGACGUCAAGCCGGGACUGCGGGCGCCUCCCGCUUCGCCGGCGCUGGACGCUGCUGCCUCGGCCUUCAAAGGGCCGUAUGCCCCCUGGGAGCUGCUGUCUGCGGGGGCCCCGGGGAAUAGUGGGUCACAGGGAAGCUUCCAGGCCACUCCCGAGGCCCGUUUCCCCGCGGUAGGGACCAAAGUUGAGGACCUGCUGUCCAUCAGCUGCCCCGCCGAGCUGCCGGGCCCGGCCACCAGACUCUUCCCGGCAGGGGCUUACGACGCCUUCUCGCUGGCCCCGGGUGAUUUAGGGGAGGGGACCGAGGGCCUCCCGGAGAUGCUGACCCCUCCCGGCGGGGAGGGAGGGAGCCGUGGCGAAGGCGGUGAGUUCCUGGCCACCUCGCAGGCGCAGCUGUCCCCGCUGGGCCUGCGCAACGCCGCCACGGCGGACUUCCCCAAACCCCUCGUGGCCGACCUCCCGGGGGGCAACAGCGGAGUGGCCCCAUCGGUGUCGCCCGCCGCCGCCGCCUUUCCCGCUGCCAAGGGCCGGCGCAAGGGACGCCGGGGUGGCAAAUGCAGCGCGCGCUGCUUCUGCCCGCGGCCGCACGUCAAGGCCUUCGCCUGCCCGGUGGAGAGCUGCGUGCGGAGCUUCGCCCGCUCCGACGAGCUCAAUCGCCACCUGCGCAUCCACACGGGUCACAAGCCCUUCCAGUGCCGCAUCUGCCUGCGCAACUUCAGCCGCAGCGACCAUCUCACCACGCACGUGCGCACCCACACCGGUGAGAAGCCUUUCGCCUGCGACGUGUGUGGUCGCCGCUUCGCGCGCAGCGACGAGAAGAAACGGCACAGCAAGGUGCAUCUGAAGCAGAAGGCGCGCGCCGAGGAGAGGCUCAAGGGCCUGGGCUUCUACUCGCUGGGCCUCUCCUUCGCCGCGCUCUGA